CUCCUCCGUGAGUCUGCCUGCCGCUCACGCGAAAAGGCCGUCCCGCAUCGGCAGUUCCCCGCUCGGGCAAAAAGGGCCGGACGGCAUCGGCAGUUCCCCGCCGUCCUCCUCCCCGUCGCCCUUCGCCUCCCAGAUCGACGCGGCCAAGCCGGCGCUCGCGUCGCCCUUCGCCUCCCAGAUUGGGCCCCCUCCUCGGCCGCCGACUCGCGCUCCUCCUCGCGCCGCCGUCCUCCUCGCGGCGUCGUCGCCCUCCCCGAGUCGGGCCCCCUCCUCGGCCGCCGUCUCGCGCUCCUCCUCGCGCCGCCGUCCUGCUCGCGGGGUCCUCGCCCUCCCCGUCUGCCUCCCCGCUGGACACAAAUUGGCCCCGCCGCCCCGUCUCGCGCUCCUCCGCGACCCGCUGGACUCCUGCGCUGUCGCCGUCACCCUCCCACUGCGCGCUCGACGGCGCCGGCCGACGACGGCCCAACCCGCGGCCGCACUCUCCAGGGCAACGAAGGGCCGCGGCCGCGGCUCGCUCUCCGGCCUCACGGGACGCCUCCUUUCCGCUCGCCCUGCGCCUCCUGAGGUGAGUUCCCGAUUCCUCGAGUGAACUUCUUGAUUACUAAAAAAAAUGAGCAUCUGCAAGUUAACAAUUGAGCAUCUUACUUGCAUACUGUAACACAGAUUCACAGUACAUGUUGUUCUGCUUUUAUGGAUUGCACACUGAAUGUCUGUUACCCUUAACUAGAUAUCAAAAGAAGGAUGAGGCCAGAAUGAUCAGUAGUAUAAUGAUAAUCUCCGUGGAAUAUAUCCACAUCAAAACAGAACAACAUAUUGAAUUUCUCUCGAGAUGCAAAACCAUACUUUUUUUUGUAUGAGUAAUUUAGUAAUCGAUCAUCCAUGACUGAACUGUAGUUUAGUAAGCCAAACUAGCAGGGUACACAACUAAACACUUCCUGCUGCUAUUGUCAUUCAGGCAUCUUCCAUGACACCCACAUUAACUUGUAUGAAUUGUUAAUUCAGCUGCAGUUAUUUCUUCUUAUGCAAAUGCCCUUUCUUGGUUUCAAGUUUUCAUGUCAUAUUUGUAACUAAGAACUGCUUGUUGUUCAAUAUUUUUCAAUGCAACCGCUGGGGUGCGGGUGGGCAAGCGCCGCUGCCGCCGGAGUGGAGUCUCCUACCGUCAGACAAGGUACGAGUGCUGGUGGUCCGAUCACUCUCUACUUUGAGAAGCUACAAGUUAGAUGACAAAUUGCUGCAGGUGGAGCAAUGAAGGCGCUAUUGCCACCGGCUUUGUUCAACAGCACAGUUAAAUUCAGAGUGGUGAAUGGAAGUCCUUUGGAUAAAUUUUUUGUUUGUGCUCCAGUUUCUUAAAAUAGUUGCAUGGCUUAAGUUUUCAGACCUCCAGUGCAUAGUAAAACAACUUAAAUGAGAUAAGUGAUGCUCCGCAAGUCGAGUACCUGACUACCUAUUAACGAGUGAUGAAAUAAUCGAGAUAAAUUUGUAUAGGAUUACCGGAAUGGUAUUGGAUUCCGAAUCCCUUAUUAAUUUUGUAUUACAGCAGCCUCAAGAUAAAUAUGUUUAACUAAAUGAGUGAUGAAAUAAUCGAGAAUUUUAUUCUGUUUCUACUGGUCUCAGGUAAUUGAAAGCAGUGGGAGGAACUAGAUGAAGUCAAGAGAACCUAUAUAAGUCUGUGGGGUCAAAACAAGAUAGAAUUCGACCUCGUGCAUUUUGGACAAGCAUGCUGCAUCAGGAAAACAGUGAGACUUUUGUCAGGCACCACUCUGAACAGCUUGCAUGUAGCAACACGAGGGGAGUAGAUACCAGUCGUCCAAAUUUCCUUCCUGAGAAAUGCCAGAUUGCAGUUUGUCCCAAAGUUUGUCAGAGAGAUGAAACGGUUGGCUCAUUCCAUGAGGACUUGGUGCAUGGUGUUCAUCUAGUGAAUGCUUCUGUUCAGUCACCGUUGGUGGCAAGUGGUGUCAAAGAAGCACCUGCAGUGGAUCAUAACAAGAGACAUGCAUCCAGUGACAUGACAGACAUAGUUGAAUGCAAACGGCAGAAGCAGGAAGAUCAAAUUACACCUAAGGAGGGCAACCAUACAAGUGCUGAUGAGGAUGUUCAUCAGUAUCCCACAUACACAACAUACGAAAGAAGCUUUGGCUCGCCGAUAUAUGAGAGUGAGGAAAGUGAAGAUGAGGGUGUAGAGUCACCUGUGCAUUUUUCACUUGCUCAUACGUAUAUUGAAGAUGAUCUAUGGCCUGGCAGCUUUCAUCAAUCUGUGGGUCCUUGCCCCACAAGGAAACCCGUUCCUAUUGGGCCAAAUCAUCAGGCUGAAUUACCUGAGUGUAGGCCAUUUGAUGGAAAAGCGGAAGAUGACGAGAGUAACAAGUGGAUCAGAAAUAGUAUCAUGCCAAUGCCUGGUACUGUUGCAUUGUCUUUGAUGCUGAAACCUGUUCACUGCAAGGCAAGCUGUGAUUGUAUUGAUGAAGACUCAAUCAAUUGUGUGAGGAAGCAUGUGAGGGAAGCAAGAGAAAAGCUGAAGGUUUCGGUUGGUGCAGACACCUUCAGGGAGUUAGGGUUCUAUGAUAUGGGAGAGGAGGUUGCCUCAAGAUGGACUGAAGAGGAGGAACAUCUGUUCCAGGAAGUGGUCUCAUCAAAUCCUGCUUCUCUGCGCAGAAAUUUCUGGGAUGAACUCCCUCUUGCCUUCCCAUCCAAGUCCAGCAAAGAACUAGUUAGUUACUACUUCAAUGUCUUCAUGUUGAGGAAGAGGGCUGAGCAGAACAGGUUUGAUCCAAUGAACAUUGACAGUGACGAUGAUGAAUGGCAAGCAGGUGGUGAUGGUGAGUUUGCAGUCACAGGAAGAGCUGACGAAUACUUGCCGACCGAGUCCCUUACUGAUCAAGAUGAUGUCGCAUGCAUUCGAGUUCCUCCAGAUGGGGAUUUCUAUGAAGAUUCUGGGGCUGAGGAUGAUGGUGCCAGUGCAGACAGGCAUGAUGGUGUGCAGAGGGGUGCCAUACCAGAGGGUCUUGCCGCCAUGUCAUUUAUGGAUCAUAAUCAACAGAAGUUCAAGCUAGAUGCAGAUGCACAAGAUGACUCCUGCACAUCAUUUGAGGCUCAUCAGGCUGGCGUUGAAGGUGGGACACCUACUGAUAUUGUUGAAGACCACCAUUACGGGAAUGAUGGUUUUGCUGGUGAUGCAGAACAUGGGUUCUUCGGAGACCAUUGCGACACAAAAGGUUGGGAGUUUGGUUUCACUACAGGGUGGGAUAAGCAUGAUUUUCUGUCGACAAACAAUGUCAUUGAAGAGGUGUUUGGAAAGGGUUCUAGCGAAGAUGGAAGUGACACCACCAGUGGCCAGGACCUUAUCUGAGCCAGAGGAGGAGGCUUCUUUUCAACUGUGAAAGCUUUAGCAGUCCCCCCCUUGGCUCUCAGAAUCUGUACAGCAGUAGUUCGCCAUUUUGAUUUAAUGCCUCACUUGUUCUUUAUAGGAAUCUCUCAUCCCCUGUCCCUGGAACAUCACCUGCUUGAGGAACCUGAUUUUGGUCUCAUGAUUAAUGUAAAUCCGUAGGUGAUAUUUGUCAUCGGUCGAUGAUGUGCUGUAGCCUGUAGCAUGUACGUAUUGUUGUUGUCCAUCUCUGUGUUCGGGCCUGAGCAUUUUUUUUCCCAUAUGCUAGCGAGGGUCAUGUAAUAAAAGCUGUUAUUGCUCCUUGAGCCGUGAUAUCAUUCUCAAAGUGAUUUGCCGCGUUGAUGGCUCGGUGCA